AUGACAGAUGCGGCGGCGAUAUAAUUCGGCGCGAGCGCACGUUCCCGCCAGUAAUAGCGAUGGCGCGAGCGCAGUGUUUGGUGUUACUCGCAGCGGCGGUCGUUUUGUCGAUCGCAGAAAAUGCUGCCUCGGCCAAGACUAAGGUGUUGGACACGGUGAUGAAGCCGAAGCUGCUGCCGCUGGAAGAGACCUUCGGAUGGCGGUGGAAGCAGGUCGCGGAGAAGACUCUUCAUGAGAAACUACAAGAGACCACCAAUAAGAACAAAGCGAAAAAUGGCAUCCUGUUUAUUGGAGACGGCAUGUCAGUGGCGACCAUCAUGGCCGCCAGAACGUAUGGUGGUCAGCUGGAGAACGGGUACAAUGGAGAGGAAAACAUUCUGGAGUUCGAGAAGUUCCCCAUCAUAGGAUUAGCUCGGACGUACUGCAUAGACGCUCAAGUUCCUGACUCCGCUUGCACCGCCACAUCUUACCUCACGGGCGUGAAGACCAAGUAUGGAGUCAUAGGGCUGGACGGCAACGUGACCAGGGGGUCCUGUUACUCCCAAUUGUAUGAGAGGAACUGGGCCAAGUCCAUCGGCCAGUGGGCUUUGGACCAUGGGCUGGAUGUUGGUAUCGUGACGACCACGCGAGUGACCCACGCCUCACCAGCGGGCAUGUACGCCCACACUUCUGAGAGGAACUGGGAGUCUGAUGCUGAUGUACCUGACGACUGCCUCGCUCUGGGUUGCCAGGAUAUCGCCCAGCAGUUGGUCACAGGGGAUACUGGAAGGAGGUUUAAGGUGAUACUCGGCGGCGGUCGUAAGGAAUUCCUUCCUAAUAUCACCAACCCCCUGGUGAACAGCACGGGGAGACGGCUGGACGGAGUCGACCUGAUCGAGAAGUGGCACCUGGAGAAGGUGGCCCGUGAUGUCAGUCAUCAGUAUGUCAGCGAUAAGCAUGAACUCUUGAAGGUGUUCAGCUCCGAAGACCAGCCAGAAUACCUCCUGGGCUUGUUCCACGACGACCACAUGGCGUACCACCUCAAGUCCCCAGCGACCCAGCCUACCCUGGAGGAGAUGACAGAAGCCGCCAUCAGAAUAUUGAGUAGCAGCCCCAAAGGGUACUUCUUAUUUGUCGAAGGUGGCAGAAUAGACCACGCCCACCACGACAGCCUGGCUCACCUGGCACUGGACGAAACAGUGGAAUACUCCAAAGCUGUAAGGAAAGCGAGGUCCUUAACCAACGAUAAAGACACUCUGAUCGUGGUCACAUCAGACCACGCCCAUACUAUGACUGUAGCUGGCUAUCCGUCGCGGGGGAAUGACAUUCUCGGCCUAGUUGACACGGCCCAGGGCGAUGACGGUUUACCUUAUACGACCAUCAGUUAUGCCAAUGGAAAAGCUGCGUCGAUUGGAGCUGAUGGGAAGAGGGUUGAUGUGAGCCUCCAUCAACAGUUUAUGUCAAGAGACGUAGACUACUCAUACCCAAGCCUGGUCCCCUUGGACUCCGAGACCCACGGGGGCGAAGACGUGGCAGUCUUCGCAUCAGGACCCUGGCAACACUUGUUCACCUCCAGCUAUGAACAAAACGUCAUUCCCCAUCUAAUGGCCUACGCCAUGUGCCUCGCUGAAGAUAAACACGAGAGCUGCCACCCCAAAGGAGGUUUCUUCUCCACCAGUGCUGGACAUAGGCAUUCGGUUCCCAUAGUAUUAAUAUUAACUGUGAUAUUUAGUUUUAAAUUCUGGUAAGUAUUGUAGAUUUUGAGGUUAAAAAAUUUACCGCGCGUAUUAUUUUUUUUCUACAUAAGUAUGUCGUCAGUUUUGCGCAAACAAUAUUUGGUUUUUUACUUGAUUGUAAUAAGUUGUGGUGACUGACAAGAGCUUAAUAUUGUUUUUUCAUAUAUAUAUAUAUAUUAUAUAUAUUAAGGCGAGUAGCAAAAGACCACUGAAAUCUAAAUUUGAAGAUUCCUAUUCAGUUAGUUGGCUAAAAAAAAUUUAAUGUUGAUUAUGUACAAUACUUUAUAAAAUACUGUCUUUUGCGCAGAUCUUUGCUCCCAUGAGAAUUUCAAGAAUAGAAGUUAGCCUAUAUUACUUCUAAACGACUAUUCUAUCUGUGUACCACAUUUCUUCAAAAUCGGUUAAGUAGCUUUUGUGUUAAUUCGUUACAAAAACUCAAUUCAAAAAUACAAAAAGACACAGUCACGAUUUUCAUUUCAUUAUUAAUAAAGAUUAAUCGUGUGGAAAAACAGUCACAUUCAAUUGUCAAUAAUAUAUUUAAUAACUUCCAUUCAAUUUUUAUAUUUUUAAGAAUAUUUUCUAUGUAUUAAUGAUGGUUUUUGCUACUUAGAUACUAAACAUUGGUGAAACAAACAAAGUGAAACUAUGCAACGAUUCAUUUUUCAAGUCACAUUUAAUUUGUUUUACACUGAAUAUUGAAUUUUAUGAAUAAUAUUUUGCGUCCAAUUUGAUUGUAAGUAAUGAAGUUAUUUAUAAAUAUCUUGCAGCUUAUUUGACCUACUUUCCAUGUGGCAAAAAAAUCUCGUUCUUGAAGCAGUACAAGGAUACCUAUGUUAAGAUGAAAGAUGUUCCUAAUCUCUAAAUAGGUUUUGAAAUACAGAAUUUACAAUUCUGUGAAUUGAAAGGAUAGUUACUUAUUGUAAAUACGUAAAAUUAUUAUAUUAUUAGUUAGUUAAAUAUAUGUAGGUAGGUACUAUUUAAUCGUGAAUGCAAUUCAAGAUGAAAAAUGUGCAUUUAUAUUUGCUAUUUUGACGAAAAGUACAUAAAUAGUUAGGUAUAUUAAUAAUACGUCUUUGUAACGCUGAAGUUACAGUAUUUAAGUUUUGAUAUUUUAUUAUAUUAUUGUGUCAUUAUUCUUUCAUCUAAAAAAAUAAUAAUACUUACAGUACAAAUAAUUCACAUUAUUAGUGGGAUAAUACAUCAACAUUUUUUUUUGUAUAGAAUCAUUUUUCUUACAAAUCCAUGUAACAAUUGAAUUACAAUGAAGUACACAUACUUAUUUUUUUUUAAUUACAAACCAUUCAUUUGUAAGUUACCAUAGAGUAAAUAAUCUUUAUUAUUAUGUAUAAUUACAUAGACAUAUAUCAA